AUGUCUUCACAGCCCAACAAGUUCGCAUGCCCCUUGCAAAAUCGAGUGAGGAAGAACGGCCCGGCAUUGAGUGCCUCAGCGAAAUAUCUUGCUGAACUCAAGGCAGCCGAAGACGAGUUCUGUGCGGAGGAGUGCCAAGCCCUAGCUGAAGGAAUCGGGGAAGCCGACGUGCCAAUGGAACUUGAGGUCGCCGAACCUGAGGAUGAAGGCGUACCAUACGAGUAUGACAUCAUCAUACCCGACAAUCGCGAGCCAUUUGAGGAUCGAUUGCCUUCGCCUGAGGGUGUAGACAACCCAGAUGACAAUGAGGAAUUGGAUGCUGAAAAUCAACAAACUUAUGCUGCGCAAAGGGUGGACGAGCAAGAACGAUGGCUUGCAGUGAUUUCUCCAAUGUUCAUUGCUUACAUGCGAUUAAGUGGAAUACUCAUCUUUGCUACAAUCAACUUUAUCCCACUGAGUGACAUUUGUUUGGAUGUUUAG